GGAUGAACCUGGCGUGGACAACUUUAUCUUUGGAGUUUACAUGUCAUCUUCAAUAACGUGUAGUGCAUACGCGCCAAUCUUUUGAGAUAGUUACUGUUUUUCUCAUUUAUAACUGAAAUUAGGCAUUAAUUUUAACAAUAAAUAGUCUUGUCAUGUUGCCUUUUCACAUGUUGUUAUACAGUUAACGUAGUUACUGCGAAAUUCCUUAUGUUAGUACGAUAGUUAUCGUUUUUACGUGCGGCCAGGUGAAACGUGUUGACAACUCUUUUUCACGACCAACAAAAUUACGCAUCGUCAGUAUAUACCUGUUUUCCUUGCACCGACACACUUUUAGUGGUACGAUUACUCAGUAGAGAAAGAUAAAAUACCUGUUUGGCAACAGCUUUUUGACGGUUUCUCAACUAUACUAGUGAAAUGUUUCGUUACUUUUUUAUAAGAAGUGCUAUGGUGUAUUUUGUCACUGCUGUUAUUUUCGUGAAAAAAAGGAGGUAAACAUAACGUGGUUCAUAUUGUCAAUACGCGUGUGCUUAUUGUGCUGGAACAUCCACGUAUUAUUUAGAUCCACUGAUAUUUUUGUAAUCUGUAGCACUUAGUUUAAUGAAUAUCUGUCUUGACGAACUUUGUUGCCUGCUACAAUUAUGUGUUUAUUUUGUCGUUAAAUGAUCAUCUUAUAACAAAAAAAGGCAGUGUAUAUGCCGCGAAAAAAUCACGUAAAACUGGUAGAAAAAUAAUUUGUAACAUUGCAAUGUAAAAUUCCUUUGAGCGUUUCAGUUUAGUUUCUUGUGUAUAUAUUCAAAGCCAUUCACUUAUGUAACUUUUUCGAUAUCCCUCCAGGUUGGUAAUAAAGAGUUAUUCCUGUGACAGACUUAACUCAUUAUGUUGUAUGCAGUGUCAGUACGUAUCACAAGAAACAAUGUUGUACACAACAGAGAAUGGACUUUGAGAUUAAGGUGUUCGACUCUGGUGAGACUAACACAGGGGAUGGGAUGAUGUUUUACACUAUAUGUUGCAAAGGAAAAAAGACACCAUUUUAUCCAACUGUCAACAUCCCACAGCAAUCAGCCGUGCAAUGGAAGUUUGUCAGUUCCAGAUGGGUUAACCUCAGUUUUUACUUUGGGCACAUGGUGAGGAUCCCAUGCUGUUUAAAUAAGUUUCUGCAAGAGCAUCUGGGGUGCACUCUAUCCAUAAUUCUGAUGACUUUUCUAUGCUAUAAGGACUACAUUUGCUCAUGGUUAGUUACACCAAAAUAUGGUGCCAAAUGUCAUAAGUGUGUGGAAAAUCCUAGGUAUGCAGCUUUAAUUGUUUCCAACUUACAAACAGAUGAAAUUGAGCGAAUGGCAAAUGCAGUUGAAUGCAGUCUUUUACAUAUGUCGCUGAUGCGAACUGGCCAGUUUAGAUUGUUGUUCAUGUGUAAUCCCAGGAAUUUGGAAGACUCAACAUAUUUCUUUAUCACAUAUUUUACAUCAAUAUCCCCCCCCUCUCUCCCUUUUUUUUUUUUUAAAUACUGA